UGUUGUCAAAAUCAAUUUCACCUUUUUUUUUUUUAAAUAUGGAUACAAUAACAUUUUGUAUUAAGCAGUAAUAGUACCGGUAGUACAAGAGUAUGUCACAAUUUGUGACUGUUUUGACACUGACUGAGGUUUGGUUUAUUUGUAGGGGCAGAAACAGAUUAAAGUUAAGGAAAGGAUUUAGCCAGGCAGCAUCGGUUCUCCUUCUUCUUUUGCAAACAACAGAAACCAACUCUGAUAACUUGUCCAAAAAGAGUUCUCAGGGGAUUGCGGAACAGAGGGCAGCACUGACCAGCCAGGACUAGGGAAGCGGCGGCUCUCCCCAGUAGGAGCCCGCUGCUGCCUUUCUGCGCGCUUCCCUCUUCUCUCGGCUCAGGGUAGCAGGCGUGCGAAUCCCAGGAAAGAGACGUGAUAGGCCCAGCCUUUGACACGUGGAGAGACAGAGGCCUCUGAUUGGCUACUGCAUGAGCCUCAAAGGCGUUGGGGACUGUCCGCUAGGAGGCCAGGAGGGCCGCUGGAGCCGAGGGCCCUGAGGACGACGUGGUGUCCAGAAGCACUGCCAAACGGGAGCAGGGGCAUGGCGCACAGCGAGGGGGUGACUGGAGCCCCAGCCGGCACCGUGGUGCCUCAGGAGCUGAUGGAAGAGAUGCUUUGGUUUUUUCGUGUAGAAGAUGCAUCUCCUUGGAAUUAUUCCAUGCUUGCCCUGGCCGCCGUGGUGGUGGUGAUAAGCAUGGUCCUCUUAGGAAGGAGCAUCCAGGCAAACAGAAAUCAAAAGAUGCAGCCAACAGAAAAAGAAACUCCAGAAGUCCUGUAUUUGGAUGACAUCGCAAUCAAGGAUCACAAUAGCCUAAACAACCUAAGCAGGACUUCGCUCUCAGAAAAGCCAAACGUGGCUAAGGUGGAAAAUGAAUUAAAAGACAGCGAUGUCACAUUGGUUCUCCUUCCACACUCACCAGAAGCUGAAAGCUAGGGAGAGUUCAGAGCACGCACACCCCAGGCCAGGCACGUCACUUGAGCUCAGCUCCCAAGUAGCAUUUUUUUUUUAAUUAGCAAAUACAAAGAAUAAACUGCAAGCAAACUAAAAUUC